CGUCUCGACCCAAGCGAUGGACUGAACAAGUCAUGUUGCAGUCGUGCUGCUCCACACUGUCUGGCUAUCCAGUAUCGUGAGUCAGCGGCACCCGGAGCACGCAAGUGUCGUUCGGAAGGCGAGGGCCGGAGUGAGACAUUGUCGACACCGGGGUAUGGUGGUGUCCGCUAGUGUCUUUCUUCACUUCAUUGCGCGGGGGAUGGGUGAAUCUAGAGAACAAGUACGCACGGCAGCCUUUGGGGCAUCUUAUGUAUCGGACGAACAGAGCGCGACACACGUAUUCCUACACAGGCCUCCUUGCACUAAUCGCACCACGAUCCGUCCACGACGGAUGUCCAUUGUCCUCGGCGUCGCGGUCAGAAGAUGGCCGCAGGUAGUCACUCGACCCCGCACUCCCCAUGGUGGGGCCACGCGUCUUUGCUGUACAUGUCUCAGGUGAAUAGACGUUUCCACGCGUUGAGCUCAAUGCUCGAUCCCCGAACUCGCGACCUCGCGACUUGCGACUUGAGUUCGCUCUCAAAGACACAAAGUCGCGGA